AUGGGCUCCAUCGACACCGUCACGCUGAACUCGCAGAUCGGCCUGUCGGACGAGCACGUCGGCAUCCUCGGCGACGCGGCCGUGGACAGCGCCUCGAUCCAGGAAGCCAACCGGCUCCUGCAAAAGAACCACGAAAAGUGGCACAUGUUCUUCCGGGAUCGGGCAGGCCACAACCAUAUCGCACACUCCAUCCUGACCUGCCUCGCGCUGGGCGCCGCGCCGGCGGACAUCCAGCGCGCCUACGACGACGGGGUGGGCAUCCAGCGGCCGAUCCCGGCGGUCGACGACGUGACGGUCGAGCGCCUCGCCGACGAGGCGUUCUUCCUCGAGACGCUGGGCACCAUCACGCAGUACACCUCGUUCCUGGUGUUCUUCCAGCGGCAGAUGGACGCGCACGGCUGGCAGGCGGUGGUCAACCAGUACGUGUUCUCGCGCAGCCCGAUCGCCGAGAAGAUGCUGGCGCGGCUGUACGAGGGGGCCUACCACCCGGUCAUCCACCUGGGCUUGGGGAUCGAGUUCCAGCAGCCCAGUAUCAUCGCCGAGGCGCUGGCCCAGGCAGCCGCCCACGACGACAGCCACAUCGGCCAGCUGUUCGAGGCGUGCGAGGCGCAGGCCGCCAUCGCGUACCCGCCGCAGCACCCGAAGCCGCUGCUCCAGCUGCUGCACGAGGCCCGCGCCACCGAGACGAUCCGGUCCGCCCCGCGCUGGGAGGACUUCGGCAACAAGAUGCGCGACGGCGUCGUCGGCCGCGCCAAGCUCGAGAUGGCCUUCCUCGGCGCGCAGUUCACGAUCCAGCCCGACGAGCGCGAGCUGCGGCGCCGCACCGCCGAGAUGAUCAGCGUGUGCGCGUACAUGGCCGGCGCCAGCCAGCGACCCGGCCGCAAGCGCAAGGUCGACUUCUUCUACAUGCACACGCUCACCAGCUCCCUCUUCUUCAGCGUGCUCAUCCGCCAGCACUGGAUCCGCCUCGCGGACCGCGUGCGCCUCGUCGAGUGGAAGGCCCGCCUGGACCUGGCCUGGUACGUGGUCAGCGGGUCCGCCGAGCUGUACGAGGACGCCGUCACGGACUACCACGACGACUUCAGUGCGAACAUGGGCUGGACGGAGUUGUAUGCGGCCGUCAACAAGGAGCACGACGAUGGCCACGUGGCGAAGAUGAUCCGCGCGCUGAAGAACGGACAGGAGGCCUCGCGCCCGUUCGAGGCGGAGCACCCCGCUGCGUUCCCGGUCAAGGGUGAUAUGUGGCUGAAGAUUGCGCGCAUGGCGCUGGACACGACGAAGGACUGGCCGACCGACCUCAAGUUUGUGAAUUUUACGGGCUUUGAUAUGGGGUGGAAGGUCCGGCCUGAUCUUGCUUAA